CUUCUCUUCUUCGUGUUCUUCCUUCUUUCUUUGGGGAAGAAUGCCUAGCCAGAUGAUCCUCGAGCGAUCAUUCUUCUCCCAUGGGAGCGAUAGGGUUUUCGUUUUCUCGGUGAAGCGCCACGCGCCGCCGGGCCAAUCUUCGUUCAAAUACAGGAUUCAGGGCAAAGGCGGAGCUCCGCACAAGAAAUCCAAGGGGGAUGGGAGCUCUCAUCCAAAUGCAGCAGCCAAGGAGAGCUCGUUGGAGGGAAUGGCAGCGGCGGCCGUGGCGGCGGCCCAAGAAGCAGCGGAAGAGGCGAGCUGGAUGGCUCUGGACGAUGACGAUUCGUGUGAUCAGGCCGAUGAUCUCAAGAAAUUCAAGGGGCUUGUUCUCGAUCUCUCCUACAGACCGAUUAACAUUGUGGGAUGGAAGCGCGCAUUAUGCCUUGAGAUCCUUGAGAAGGCGGAAGUCCUCGUUUACUACGAUCAACUUGUUUGUUCUCCGAGCAGAGUGUUCUUCAUUCCUGCCGUUUUAAAGAUGGUCGAUUUCGUAUACUCGCCGAAGCCCAAGACCUUACGGCUGAGCUUGAGUAGAACCAACGUUUUCAUCCGAGACAAAUUCAAAUGCCAGUACUGCGACCACGACAGAGACUUGACAAUCGAUCAUGUCCUUCCGGUUUCCAAAGGCGGCAGCCAUAGCUGGGACAAUCUGGUAACAGCGUGUAAGCGCUGCAAUGGCAAGAAGGGAAGCAGAUUACUAGAGGACGUGGAGAUGAAGCUGGACAAGGCUCCAAAGGAACCGAAUGUCAUGGAUAGCAGAGAGCUACCGCCCAGCUACCGGGUCUUCAAGAACAUAGUCCUCAACACCAAAGUACCAUCGGAAUGGAUAGACUAUUUACCGCAACGUCCAACCAAAUUCGACUAUCAUAGACGAGGAUGAUCUAAUCUCCAAAACCAUGUAAAUCUAAUGCUCAUAUAAAACUGCCAAACCAUGUAAAUCUAAUGUAAGGUUUAGUCAACGCC